GCCUGCGCGAGAACUCGGUUGUAUUGGGAAUGUUCAUUGGUCAAUUCUUGUCAGACUGACCAAUCACAUGCUUCUUUAGUUCACACAUAAUCAAAACAUCCAACAUGGCGGAAGGAGACGAUUUGGAUUACAUGUCCGAUGCGAUUUUGCAGCAAACUUCUGAUGUGCGCCCAGGGUUACCUGUUCUUAAAAGAGUGGCCCGACAACGAGAACUUGAGCAAAAGCAGAAAGAAGCAAACGAAAAAAGCAGAAUGAAACCUUUAAAACAACAGCAGGCUGAGAAGCGUGAUGAGGCAUUGAGUCAGCCAAUCAGCAGUGACAACAUAGGGUUCAAAAUGCUCCAGAAGAUGGGUUUCAAGCAGGGACAAGGCCUGGGCAGAUUAGGAAAGGGCAGAGCAGAACCUGUGCCUCUGGAGGUGAAGUCAGACAGAACAGGCAUGGGUCUGGCCAAUGAACAGAAGAGAAAGGCAGAUGAGAUGAACAAAAUGCGCCAGGAGAUGCAAAGAAAACGUCAAAGAAUGGCGGAGCUGGAACGAGGGGAUUUCACACAGAGAAUGAAAAGUAAAUUUACAGAGAGAGAAGUGCAGCGGGACCUGUACAAGAGCCAGAAGGUGUGUGAACAGUUGGAUAGUGCAAAGAGUAUCACAGAACCAAUUGCUCCAUGGUACUGGCCAAAAAUUGCACAAGCAGAAGAAGAGAAAGAAAGUGAUGAAGAGGAAGAAGAGUCAGAGGAGGAGGAAGAAGAUGAACUUCAGCCUGAAGAAAUGCUUCAAGAGCUAACAAGUUAUCUGAGAAGAGAGCAUCUAUACUGCCUGUGGUGUGGGACAGCAUACAAUGAUGAAAAGGAUCUUACAGACAAUUGUCCAGGUGAUGAUGCAGCAGCUCAUGGAUAAUUAUCAGGACUGUGACAAUAUUUUUUUCAAAGUAGGAUACCGGUCAUCUGAUCUCAACUGUCAAUAAUGUGGCUUUGCAUGUUACAUCAUAUCGUAAUGAUACAGAAAGCAAAUAAAACACAAUGUCAUUCAUCA